GUUCUUUCACGGUAUUCAGUGCGACGUUUCAGUAAAGUUCUAAGAUGGCGACGGUGCAUCUGAGAAUCGGGGACCUGGUUUGGGGAAAGCUCGGGCGCUAUCCUCCGUGGCCAGGCAAGGUCGUCAGUCCUCCAAAGGACCUGAAAAAGCCAAGGGGCAAAAAAUGCCAUUUUGUCAAAUUCUUUGGAACUGAAGACCAUGCCUGGAUAAAGGUGGAGCAGCUGAAGCCAUACCACCCCCACAAAGAGGAGAUGAUCAAGAUCAAUAAGGGCAAACGUUUCCAACAAGCUGUGGACGCGGUGGAAGACUUCCUGAAGAAGAAAGAGAAACAGGGGGGGAAAGAACAGAGCUCUGAGGGUAAAGGGGACUCUAAAGGAAAGAAGACUCCAACUAAACCCCUGAAGAUCCUAGAGGAGGAUGAUGAAGACCUCAGUGCCCUGAAAGACCCUUCUGAGAAGGACCUAACUGAAUCUGACCCAGAGCCGUCCAGUGUUGAGCGGCUAGGGGACCUGGGGACAACUGGACCUGUUUCAGGAUUCAAAUGGGAGAGCAGUCCAGUACAGGAUGAUCCCCAUUUCCACCACUUUCUGCUCAGCCAGACUGAGAAGCCUGCCUCGUCCAUGGAGCCUAUCAGUAAACGCCUGAAGAUCGUUGAGGAGGAUACGGGGUCAACGUCUAUACAAGCUGCUGACAGUACAGCUAUCAAUGGCAGUAUUAUACCCACAGACAAACGGAUAGGGUUCCUAGGGCUGGGGCUUAUGGGUAGUGGAAUAGUGUCCAACCUGUUAAAGAUGGGUCACGUCGUCACAGUGUGGAAUCGCACAGCAGAAAAGUGUGACCUGUUCAUCCAGGAGGGGGCCAGGUUAGGGCGGACCCCAGCAGAGGUGGUCUCCAUGUGUGACAUCACCUUCUCCUGCGUCUCAGACCCCAAGGCUGCCAGAGAUUUGGUGCUGGGUCCCAGUGGAGCUCAGGGCAUCAGGCCGGAAGUGUUAAUAGAGAUGUCUGCCGUUGACCCAGAGACCAUCCUACAGGCUCUCACAGUUGGCUCCUGUCCCAUUAGGUGAUAUCGUCGCGGGGGGGAUUCCUGGGAGGCUCCUGUGGCGGGGAGCCAGCAGGUGUCUAAGGGCAUGCUGGUCAUCCUGGCCGCCUGGAGACAGGACGGUCUCACGAGCUGCAGCUCCUGUUUCCAGGCCACAGGAAAAGCAUCCUUCUUCCUAGGUAGGUGAGGAUUAGCUGUAGCGAAGAUGAUGCUGAUCCUCAGCAUGGCAGGAAGCUUCGUGGCCACCAUCGCCAAGGGCUGACCCUAGGCCGAGGCCACGGGCCAGUCACAGCUUAUACCUUCCUGGACAUCCUGUCUCCAGGGUCAGAUAGCCAGCACCUUCAAUAUCCUACAGGGCAGCUUCAAACCAGACUACUAUUUGAAACACAUUCAGAAGGAUCUGGGGCUAGCCAUCUCCAUGGGUGCCACAGCCAAUCACCCAACCCCUAUAGCUGCAGCAGCCAUGAGUCCUCAGUGUGGGCUGUGGGAACACUGUUCCUAUCCCCAGCCAGUCCUGCGCUGUGGGAACACUGAUUUCCUAUCUGGCCCACUGGUGGACACUGUUUCUGAUCCUUCCAGUGUGGGCUGUGGGAACACUGUUCCUAACCUGGCCCAGUCCUCCGAGUCCCAGUCCUCGCCGUGGAGAAACACGGUUCUAAUCCUGGCCCAGUCCUCGCUGUGGAACACGCGGUUCCUAACCUAG